CAAUGGCUUCACCUGGCAAGGUUUUCCGCUCAGAGUUUCGACUGAAACACUUCGGUUUUUCUUCCAUUGCCCAUGAACGAGUAUUCUUUUCACAGUGGCGGUGGCCUCCAUUGGUUGUCAUCGGAUACAAACUGGUGCUUACUGGUUACACUGACUUCUGGCUCGGAUACACCGCGAGCGCAAACAGUUCCAUUGGAGACAUGCCAUGGGGGGUUUGGCUAACCAACUGGACCUAUACACUCCUGGCACUGCAUCUAACUACGUCCACUAUUGCCUUAACGGUCUAUCACAUCGUCCAGGUGUCUAGAAGUCGUUCCUGGCUAUGUUCUAAGCUAUCAGACAUCCAUGGAGACAUCGUGUCUGAAAGCGGACUACUGGCUGAAAGAGGUAACCAAGGAAGGGAGACAACUGUGGAUGCCUCUAACAAAGGUGGCGCUAGGCUGCUUGCAUACACUUGGGCUUGCUGUGACCGAUGGUAUGUCGUUUUGAUAUGGAUUUUGUUUGACAUGGCCAACGUUGCCGUUCCAAUGGUAACGUUUAUGUUUUUUGUUUUUCUCUGGCCCGCCAUCAGCGGCAGCGAGCCUAUAAGCAACGAAAACUUACAGCUUCAUGGCAUCAGUUGUGUACUUAUGUUGAUUGACUUCGCGCUGAGCGCAGUACCCAUUCGGCUGCUACAUAUGAUCUACCCUCUUAUAUACGGGUUGAUAUACGUGGUGUUCAGCGCGAUAUAUUGGGGUGUGGACCACAGCCACGUGAUGUACCCAGGUAUACUGGAUUGGAACUCACCGGGUACGACAAUCGCCAUGGUCUUCGCCGUUAUUGCUAUCAUGUGUACGCUACAGGUCAUGCUGCUUGGUUUACACAAACUCAAACUGCUAAUUUACAACAAGAUAUAUAACACAGAUGUUUAUGAAAGUUCAAGUGGGAUGAACAGUUAUGAUUUAAAUCAAGGCAGUACAUAAAAUAUAUAGGCCUAUUUAUAUAGGCCGGGUCUGCUUUCUCAGUGGUUCGUUAAACCCAACAUAUCUACCUCUGGUCCCUGGAUAACGAAGCGGUCUUAGACUUAAGUCAAAUUUUAAUCAUUAAAUUUGGUACUAUUAUAUUUUUUCCGUUAUUUUAGCUGAAAUUUGUUGCAUAAUAGCUUACCCAGAAUUUACCGUGUCAAGCAAUAUAUUGUUAUCUUGCUGCAUCAGAAAUAGCAAUUUUAAAGUGACUUCAAAGUUUGACUCAAGUCUGAAGAUCGAUUCUCGAUCAGGGGCUAGCUGCUACAACUGUUAUAACUAUCAAGUGCACGUUAUAGUUCCACUUUUCGUACAUUGAUUAAUGUACAAUACCACUAAAGUGAAAUACCCCAUACCCCAAGUAUGUAUACAAACAUACAUACAUUUUAAAGUGAAAUAUUCUUGAGUACGUCAUAAA